AUGCGAGACUUCAAUACAAACCACACACCCUUUCUUUUCAUCAGCAUUUUCUCCAUAUUUUCAUUCAAACUAAGCUCCUCUAUCCCAAACAACGACAUUUUCUGCCACGAAAUCGAAAAACAAUCACUUAUAAAGUUUAAACAAUCUUUGAAAGAUCCAAACGAUCUUUUUUCCUCAUGGGACAGUAAAGUCGAUUGCUGCAAAUGGAAAGGUGUAAUCUGCAGCAACUCAACCGGCCAUGUCGAACAACUCCAUCUCCAAAACAAUCCUUCACUUCAAGGCCAAAUCAAUCCAUCUCUGCUGAAUCUCAAACAUCUGAGAUUCCUCGAUCUCAGCCAAAACAACUUGACACAAACAAUCCCUUCCUUCCUCGGAUCGCUCAGAAAUCUCCACCAUCUCAACUUAUCCAACGCCGGAUUUCAUGGGAGCGUACCGCCUACCAUCGGAAACCUUUCCAAUUUGGAGACGUUGAGCAUGUCGGGGGACGGGAACAAACUGGCCUCGGACAACCUAGAAUGGUUGUCCGGGCUCAGGAAGCUGCAGCACGUCGACAUGAGCUUUGUCAACCUCAGCAGAUCCAGCUCCAACUGGUGGAAGAUAAUCAACACUCUCCCUUCUUUGCAAGAGCUGCAUUUCCAAAAUUGCAGCCUUGUGUUUGUAUCUCCUUUGAGCAAUGCUAGUACUAUGAAUAUAUCGUCUCUCACUUUGCUCGAUCUCUCUCACAACAAUUUCCACUCUCAGUCCAUCCCGCCAUGGAUUUUCCAGCUCACCAAGCUUGAGCAUCUUGACCUUAGCUUCACCAGCAUCAACGGCCCGAUUCCAACGGUUAACAGAGCCACCAAACUCCGAUACCUGGAUCUCUCGGAGAACCGUCUAAACUCCACAAUCCCAGAUUGGCUCUACUCCUGCAAAGAAUUGGAGUUUGCAUAUUUCAGCUAUAGCUUCAUGCUUGGCUACAUCUCCAGCGAUGUCGCUAAUCUAACAUCUCUCAAAACCCUCAGUUUUUUCGGAAACCAGCUCACCGGGAAAAUUCCCAGAGAGAUUUCCAACAUGUGCGGGUUAGAAUUUCUGUUCUUGACGUACAAUCAGCUGGAAGGAGACAUAUCCGAUUCAUUCGGAAAUAUGUCGGAUUGCUUCUUGAAUUCUAUCAAGCUCCUUUGCUUGCGAAGCAAUCAGCUCUACGGUCGCAUCCCAGACAGCUUCGGAGAUUUUAAGAAAAUCCAGUUCCUUCAUUUUGGCGGGAACUCGUUUUCUGGUCCGAUCCCGGGCAGCCUGGGGAAGCUGUCGUCUCUGCAGGAAUUCAGCCUCUACGGAAACAAUUUCUCAGGCAGCCUGCCCGAGAGCUACGGUCAGCUCUCAAGCUUGGAAGAGCUUUACAUCGAUGACUGCUUGCUGCAAGGGACCCUGACUGAGAAACACUUUUCGAAUCUGAAAAACUUGAGGAUUCUGUCAGCCUCGGCAAACUGCUUGCUUUUGAACGUGUCGCUGGAUUGGGUCCCGCCCUUCCACCUCACUGCUCUCAAGGUGGCGUCGUGGAGAUUCGUGGGCGCGGGAAUUCCAAGGUGGAUUGAAUCUCAGAGGAGUGUGUCGGAGCUUGAUUUAUCGGAUACCGGAAUCUCGGGUACUGUCCCAAGCUGGUUUUGGGAGAUUCCGUUUUUGAAUCUGACCAGAAACAAUCUCCGCGGUGAGAUUCCGAACCUAAGUCGAGCUCGGUAUUUAUACGUGAGCUCGAACAAGUUCAGUGGCUCGCUGCCCGGAGUUGGAGAUGCUUUGGUUGAGAUGGACUUGUCUAACAACUCGUUCUUGGGUUUCAUGACUCGGUUCGUGUGCAAUAGCUCGCAAACUCAUAAAGUUGAGAUCCUUCAUUUGGCGGGAAACCAACUGAUUGGAAAGUUGCCAGAUUGCUGGAAGGAAUGGGCGUCGCUCAAGUACUUGAAUCUAGGCGAUAACAAAUUAUCCGGAGUCAUCCCAAAUUCAAUAGGUUUUCUUGCAAAUCUGCAGUCUUUGAAUCUCUAUCGCAACAGUAUUUCGGGCCACAUACCUUCUUCGUUGCGUAACUGCAAACAGCUGCUGAAGAUUGAGCUUUCGGAGAAUCAUCUUGAUGGAAGCUUGCAGCCGUGGAUUGGAACUACCUUAGUCAAGUUGAGGAUUCUAAUUUUGAGAUCAAACAAGUUCAACGGUGAGAUUCCUUCUGAGAUAUGCCACCUAAUCUCUCUCCAAAUCUUGGAUCUCUCACAAAACAAGUUUUCUGGUGCAAUACCUAAUUGUGUUCAAAAUUUGACCGCAAUGGCUACCAAGAGAAGCUUGAAUCAAUAUGACUACUCUUCUUCAAGCUACAAUGGGGCAUCUUUCAUAGAUAGUGCAUUAGUUGCCACAAAAGGGAGUAUUUUGCAGUACGAUACAAUUCUGUCAUUGGUCACGAAUAUCGACCUUUCUAGCAACGAUUUGUGUGGAGAAAUCCCAAAUGGGGUGACAAGUUUAGUUGAACUGAGGUCAUUAAACUUGUCGAAAAACAGCUUGACCGGUUUGAUUCCUCGAAAUGUUGGAGAUAUGAAGGAGUUGGAGUCGCUCGAUCUAUCAAGGAACUUCUUAUCGGGUCAACUUCCGAGUAGCUUAUCUUUGGCGUAUGCUUUGAACCAUUUGAACUUGUCGUACAAUAACCUUACCGGAGGGAUACCAAAGGGCACCCAAAUUCAGAGCUUUGACGCGUCUAGCUUCGUUGGCAAUGAUCUUUGUGGUCCUCCGUUGACAAGUGGUUGCAACGGUGAUGAUGGAGAAGUCAUGACAGUGGCUAAGGAGGGGAAAGAUGGAGAUGGAUUGGAAGUAGAUUGGUUAUAUGUGUUUGUAUCUUGUGGUUAUGUGGUGGGGUUUUCAGUUGUUUGUGCUACGUUGUGGUUGAAUAAGUCGUGGAGGGAUGCAUAUUUUGCGUUUAUUUUUAAAGAAAAUGUGUAA